AUGUGACGUCAUUUUGCGGCAGGAAGAGGUGUCCGUUUUGGCAGACAGAAAAUCGUGAAUAUCACAUUUUAUCUCGUCACUACCAAGAAACAUAUUUGUCCACAAUGAGUAACAAUGAUGCCAAACUGGCUGAUGAUGUCCCAGGAGGAGGUGUCACAGGGUCAGGAAGUGCUGAUGACAUGCGGCGAGAACUUGCUGAGAUCCAGGCUCAAUCAAACCAAGUCACUGAUGAUUCACUGGAGAGUACAAGGCGCAUGAUGCAGAUGUGUGAGGAGAGUAAAGAGGUGGGCAUCAAGACAUUGGUUAUGCUGGAUGAACAGGGAGAGCAACUGGAUCGGAUAGAGGAAGGUAUGGACCAGAUCAAUAAAGACAUGAAGGAUGCUGAGAAAAAUUUGGAAGGCAUGGAAAAAUGCUGUGGACUGUGUGUAUUACCUUGGAAAAAAACGAAAAAUUUUGAAAAAGGCGGUGAAUAUGCAAACAUUUGGAAGUCGUCUGAAGAUGGCAAGGUGAAUACAGACGGUCCUCGUAUGAUUGUGGACUCCAGGAAUGGGGCCGGGCCCCAGGGAAGCUUUUUACCAGUAAUCACAAAAGAUGCCCGUGAAGAAGAGAUGGAGCAGAACUUGACAGAAGUUAGUGGCAUGCUGGGUAAUCUACGAAAUAUGGCUGUAGAUAUGGGCAGUGAAAUUACAGCACAAAACAGACAGGUUGAAAGGAUCCAGUCAAAGGCAUCAUCAAAUGAAGUUAGAAUCUGCGAGGCUAACAAGAGGGCAGCAAAGAUCCUGAAGGAGAAUUAAUUCCGAACUCAUCAGCUCCAGUUUUCAUUUGAUGUUGAAUGUAUGAUCAUGGCGGGGGCAGAUAGAUAUAUCAACCAUGUUACACAGAGGGACCAAUCAGAUUCACUGUGUACUUUCUACAGUUUUGUGCUGACUACACGAUGGCUUGGAAAACAAAAGAGAGACAAAUACACCUAUUCCUAAUGAUGAUGUCCAUGUACUGAAAAUCAACAUUGAUCAAUGCUGUGGGUUGAGAAGAGAUUGUUGAAGAACUCUUUAAUGACUACAUCAGAAACAUUUCAUAAAUUCUUUGAGGACAAACAGCUUUACUGGAAGCUGUCUCCUCUAGAUAAAACCGUAGAUUUGUAAGGUCUCACUACGCAUGGAUUACGUAUUGAUACUAUUUUCCUUUAGAUUUGUCCAUAAUUGGGCUGUGACAUUUCAAUUCUUGGAUUUGACCUUUUUUUCAUGUUUUCCAGUAUGAAAAUCAUUUUUUUUAGAGGAAAUGGAUGGGCUUAACAGAAAGUGUAGACAUUCCAGAUGAAAUAUUAUGAACUUUGAACCGAAUAUGCACCUGAUGGGUGAAAUUAUUCACUCUCUGCAUGGCAGUCAUCAGUGUGCAGCUGGGGGAAAAGUUUUAGAUUUUGUUGAAAUUUUUAUCAUUUCACACAUUUGAACACCGCAUGAUUUUCUUCAGCAGUUGUGCUUCAUAUUUUAUUGAGAAGGAAAUCUUUCCCACUUGAGUUGCUGUAUUAUUAGUGGGUAUGUGCAUGAAAGAUGGUACAAUGUACAAUUUUCAGAUCACUUAAGUGAAAAGACAUUUUAUCACAGACUUGCAAUUCUGAGAGAAAAAAAAAGCUAUGCAUGUAUUUCUGCAGAAAAGUCUUUGGAUUGUGGCAUUGAUUUUUUUUGUGUGAAUUUGAAAUGUUAAUGAUGGUUGAUAAAAGUGAUAUCAUCACUGCAUUGAAGCUAAGAAAUGUGAUAAGGUUACUUGUGAUGAUACAAUGCAUUCUGUCAAAACCACUGGUUUGGCUACAUCUAGACUGGGCAGUUUACAAGAUAGUUUCUGGUUGUAGUGAGUGAAUCUACUUGUUAAACAUUGUCAAAUUCUGAAAUUCAAAAUUCAAAUGGCUGAUAUAUGAAGUUGGUUGUGACGUCGUAAUACAUGAGUGAUGUGGUUAUGACAUCCAAUCAAUAUAAGGUCAUUUUGGGAAGUGUAAGUAACACAGUAGGCAUGUCAUUACUUUCCCAUAGACCGAACUAUUAUUUAUUGGAAGAUGAGACUUGUGAAGAAUGGGAUAUUAAAUGAUGUGUGUGUUCGUGUUUGUGGUGGUGUGUGAAAUUGUACAAGUGAAACAUAUUUUUAAAAUUUUAUUUUAUGAGAUGAUGCGCUACAAUCCAUGUUUGAUACAUAUUAUCAAAGACCCAAAGAUCUACAACGUAAAGAAUCAUGUUUCGAUAACCAAUCCAAGUACUAUUCUGCCCAUCUCUGAAGUUGUGUUCCCAUACCUUUUUGACAAUGUUGUAAGUGAUGCAGGAGAAGUAUCAUAUCAGAAUGUGCACUGCUCAUUAUAAAAUAUAAGUUAUUGUGCUAUGUACAGAGCUUGUAUUUUCCCCCAGUUUUCAUAUUAUUAUUUUUUUCCCUAAUUGUUAAUUAAAAAAAAACAACAUUUUGUAAAUUAUAAAGUCAUUAUACAAAGGAAAAUGGAUAGAAUUCCUUAUUUUGUUAUCUUUUUAUUCCUGUGAUUUUUCAAAUUUUAUUUAAAUUGAUGUUGAUUAAAUAUUAUUUGUCUAUUAAGGUAAUUAAUAAGAUAAGUUUGAAAUGUUUACACAGUAGAUAGUAUGAAUUGGCAAUCCUUGUUGCUAAGGUAAGCCAUCAUAUGAAGGAUUCUGAUCACAAUAGCCUUGUAUAGGUUUAAAGCCAGCGAAUAUUGUAUGUAGUAAUUACAAUACAGAAACAUUGUGUUCAUAUAGCAAAAAGAAAUUCUCAUGAUAUUGAUAACUUAAUAUAAUAUGCAGAUCUUGUAUACAAACAUUUAUAUAUAGAGCAUUUAAUUUGACAUUUCCUUGGUUAUAACCUCAGUGAUAAUGAUUGUAUUCCGAAUCACAAAUUAAUAGCAUGUUUUCAAAUAAAUCAUUUGUUCAAUGGACGUCUUUUUAAUGGAUAUGUAUGCUUCAAGUGGAGUCCUUGUUUAAAGCCAAUUACACACCCUUGCUCGAGCAAAAGUAAGCACCAUUUUAAAAAAAAUGUAAGAUAUUUCAGUGGGAGGGGUGGGGAAAGCAACAGAUCAGUCAGAUCGGAAUUUAAGUCGAUAUCGCAACUAAUGAUUUUCGGUAAUGGUUAAGAUUUGAACCGAGACGUAUAUCUUAUUUACGAAUUCAAAGGUCAAGGUCUCUGUCACUGGAACUAGUUGUUUAAUUAUGUCGACUACUGAAAAGUUUGGUCUGUAUUUUUUCUUCAUUUCUUUGUACUUGACAGCACACAACAGCAGUAAUGUUAUAUAAUAGUAAAAUAUAGGAUGUGUAGAAUAGAAGGAAAGAAUUACACAUACAUUUGACUCUGAAUUGGUCUUCUGAAAAUGGUGGAUGGUGUUGGAAGAGAAUAGAAACUUGGAAAUAUUUACCACUUUUUAAUACUUAAAUAUUUUGUAGAUGCGUGUGAUAGUUAUUUUGUUGAUCUAGUUGUUCUGGGGUGUUUUUGGCUCAGUAUAUUAAUUUAUGUUACAGGGUAAGUAAUUUACUGUUCAUAGCAAAUCUUUAAAAAUCAUUAAUGAUAGUUUUCUUGUAGAAAUUAGAUUUAAUAACUUUUUUUCUGUGCAGUCAGUAUUAAUUACGAUGUACCCUGCUGUCAUUCCAUUUUUCAUCAUAAAAUAUCAUUUAUUUGGAGUUAGUGAUGUUUUCUAAAAUCAUGUUUAUGUGGCUGCUGUUCAACAUACAUGCUUCCUUUGCUAAUAAUACUCAUCUGCCAAGUCUAAUUGACAAAACACACAUUCCUUAUGUAGUACUGUUUCAAAAGGUUAUUUACAUAGAAAUGUAUUUUCCAUCUUCACAUUUCACAGGCAGGUUUCUUCGAUGGUAUGAAGCUGCUUUUUGUUUACAUAAUGGUUUGAGAUUAAUCUUUGUAGCAAGUUCUAAUCAGCAUCAUUUUCUGUAACAUUUCGUAAUCAACAGUCAAAAGUAGGCAUGUUCAUUUAUUUUACCAUGUAAAAUAGUUGGAAGAAGGGUGUCGUUCUCAUAUUGUUUGAUAGAUUGUCGGUACUCUUCAGAACUAUGGCAGUUAUAGUCCAAAUUACUCCCGAAUUUCUGUAUGUGGUGAUAGAUUAUUGGAUGUCACAGUAAUUAAGAAGACAUGUCACAACAUGAAUUAACACUGUCUACACAUCUGUGAUAGGUUGCCUGAAGAACAACUUCACAAAGCUUUAGUAUUCAGAGAGAAACAAGGAAACAAAGCGACAUUUCUACUUAUUUCAGACAUCACUGAUCAGUAUGUUUCCAUUUGUAACCAAUGAAAUUUUGUAAAAAAAUUUCGUGUAAAUAAUCUGUUCUUUUUAUAUUAAUAAUGGGAAUCCCUUUUCAAAAAUAUUUAUCACAAACCUUCUCGAUAUGUAUAUAUACAGGGAAAAAAAAUACCCCAACGACAAUAUGCUACACCGAACCUGCUCAAAAAGUAGUCUCUGGGCAACAAAAAGGAGAUCAUUUAUAGUAUGCUUGUUGAUGAUUUGCUCGAGUCAUAUGAUAUCAGUGAUCUGCAUCAAGCAGAUACAGUAAACCUUGUUUCUAGCUUCUUAAGCAACAGACAUUUAUCAUCAAUACAAGUUAUUAUACAUGGUAUUCAGAUUUGUUCAUUUUUGAGUAAUAGACCCAGAAUACUGGAAAAAUUUCAACUUGAAAUGUAGAAAUGUCUCUUUACUGGCCAGCAGUAUUGGCCAGACAUUUUCUUUCUACAUACAAUUAUAACUUUAUGAAAAUGUUAUGUUUUUAAUGUAUAAUUCACCAUUUUCUUGAUCAAUAAACUUGGUUAUACUUAAAA